AUUCUUAAAGAGCAACUUAAUAUAUUCACUAAUAAAGAAGUAUCUAAAAUCACUUAUGAUGAAAAUAAUAUUUUUUAUACUUCAUGCAAGAGAAUUUUCUUAAUUUUUGAGCUACUUAAGCAUGUAAUUAAUCUACUUAAAAGUUGUAUAGCAAGCUUGACUUAUUGUUUUAUAGAAAUAGUUCAAAUAGCAGCUGCUCUCAAGAGAAUACCUACUAAAAAUAUAGUACAAAUAUACUCUUUCUAUGAUUUAAAUGCUAAAAAAGAGUUAAAAUUUUAUGAUAAUAAUUUUGUAGAAAUGGAAUUACUUAAUAGUAUAUUAAAUGAAAUAAUCUUUGCAGAAAUAAAUAGCUUUGAUUUAAAAUAUGAAAGUAGAGAAAAUGAAAUUAGGCUUUAUUUAUUAGCAUCUGGAUGUAGUA